AUGAAACCAUCUAAACUGCAAGAUCAUCUGAGAAGAUGGCACCCUGAUAAAACAGAGAAAGAUUUGAAAUACUUUCAAACACUCAAAGAUAAAUUUCAGAAGAGACCUACACUGGACAGAAUGUUCGCUUCGACGUCACAAAGAAAUGAUGAUGGUUUGCGGGCAUCUUACAAUAUCUCGUUACUUAUAGCAAAAUCCGGAAAACCGCAUACUAUCGGAGAGAAGUUAAUUUUGCCAGCCGUUGAAGAGGUAUUAAAAACUGUUUUACACAAACCUGUAUCUGAUAUCAUUAAAAGAAUUCCCUUAAGCAACAAUACUGUUGAAAGACGUAUUGAUGAAAUGAGUUCUGAUAUUGAAAGCUUCUUAUGUAAUCAUUUGCAAACGACCCAUUUCUCUAUACAACUGGACGAGUCAACUUUACCUGAUAAUGCAGCAUUAUUAUUGGCAUAUGUUCGUUUUAUUAUGAAUCAAGAAAUCUACGAAGAACUGCUCUUCGCAAGAACUUUGAUAACCGACACUAAAGAAUUUCUGGAUGCUAAAGAUAAAAUUUUAAAAGAAAAUUUAAUGAAGAGGAAAACAGACAUCGCCUAUUUAACAGAUUUGUUUACAAAAUUUAAUUUGCAAUUACAAGGCGACAGUUUAAAUUUGAUUAAAAAGAAGUCCAUCUUAUCAGCGUUUCUUGCCAGAGUUAAACUAAUGAAGCAUAUUGGACGGGGCGAAUUUUCUCAGUUCCCCAAUUUGUCACAGACAAGCUACCAGGAAGACGACGUUUCAACUUACGUUCAACAUUUAAAUGCCCUCUAUUCAGAUUUUGAAUCUAGAUUUGAGGAUAUUUUGACAAUGGUAAUACCACCGUGGAUAAUUAAUCCAUAUGGUGACAUAGAAGAAACGAAUGUCAUAAUACAAGAGAAACUGACUGAACUAAGUACAAACGAAGAACUUAAGGUUCAGUUUAAAAACGGAUAUCAGCAAUUCUGGCUGCAAAACAACAUACCCGUUACUUAUCCCCUGCUGAUCCCUUAUCCAAACCUGAGAUAA